CCCAAACUUUGUACAAAAUAAAUUUGUUAGACAGAAGUUUGUUCAAUGCAAAUUUGUUUCCAGAUUCAUUAUUGAUGGAAAUUAACUUUGUUAAAAGGAGAUUUAUUUAUGUAUUUUUUAAAUGUUAAAUAAGGGGCUUUGGAUGAAUGAAGUGAAAAAUGGGGAAAAUGUAAGUUGUUUCUUUUUGUUAAAUCUUUUUUUUCCCAACAAUAUUCCCUUUGAAAAAACUUACGUUAGAGAACAUUUCCAAUCAGACAAGUUGCUGUUUAAACAAGCUUUCGUCGAACAAACUUUUGUUCAACAAUUUUCUUUAAACAAAUUUCUUUCGUUCAAAUUUUCAGAAACCAUAUCACUUUGGCCAUAGGCAUCUCAUAACCAUGCCCAUAGCUAUACUCUCUUUCUCUGUCUAGCUCUUUCUCUGUCUAGCUCUUUCUCUCUCUCUCUAUCUUUGUUUCUCUCUCACUCAAAUUUAAAACCAGUUCUUUUUCAUCAUUGUUGAACAAUUUUUUAGCCUGUUUACUGUCUUGAGACCAGGGACUGCAAUUAAUUCUCUAGUUUGAUGGCCUAUCCUAAGAGUUAGAUACAAAUCAGCUGUAUAUUUAGCCUGAUAUAUUGUCAAAUUAUCAUAUUAGGGUGAAACUGCAGAAUGCAAUUGUUAUCUUUUCCUCCAAGCCACACAUCUCAGUCCAUGUAUCAGCAAUUCCAUUAAUUUUGGGGUGGUUAUUAUCUGGCCACAUGGGCCAAUCUUAUUCAGAAUUUGAUUUGGCUUCUCCAGUAUGCUUUUGAUCUUUAACGUCCUAUCUAUUUAAAUUCUGGUGGUUUUUUUUUACAUAACAUAAUCAUCAGUGGUACUACAACCCAUCGAUAGCUCAGUCCUUCACUGUCAUAUUAUCCAUUAGGACAGUUCCAUGGCAAUUUAGUCUCCACAAAUGGAUCCUCAGCUCAUUUUUAGACUACAGAUGUUAAGACUUCCCUUAGUUUCUGUCAGUACACAACAUUCACUAAUCUCUCCCCUAUAAUCUGGCAUCGUCUUUAAAUGUCUCAUCCAUUCUGUCUUUUUUAAAUUGCUGCCACUAUGGUUGUUGUAUUGUAAUUCCUAUAACUGGUAUUAUGAAAUUCUUGAUUGGUGCAUAUUUGCAUCAAUUCUUAUCUUUUAUAUCUGUACAUAUUUCUCAGAACCUUUCAAUUGUUAAAAACACUGCACACUUUGCUAAAAGAAUAAUUUUUCAAAUUAUGCAGUGGAUUCUCAUCCAUAUUGAUAAUCUGCUGUUUCUCUCUAAGCCUUUGUGUUAAAGAAUACAAUACUUUUAAAUUUUUAUUAUUAUUUAAAGCUAUGAAAUAAAUAACAGAUGUUUGUCAUGAUAAUAAAACAGUAUUUCAUUUCACCUAAAAAAUAAAAUAAUAAUAGUUAUCAAUAUUCAAAAAUAGGUCAGUUUUAUUACCAGACUUCAAACAACUCCAUGCUUGAAAACCUCAUGUCUCUAUGGUAUUAAUGGUGGCUUAGGUAUUGGCCUGGCUCAUUUUCUCUUUACAAGUGAGUUCAUAAAACUAAUGUUAUUCUUUGGAAUUCUCUAAGUACACUUGCUGUCUAAAUCAGACUGGUAUUGUUUUUUUACUGUCAGCAAUUUAUUUAUUAUUUUGAAAUGUAAAAUGUCAUCAAAAUACAUUUCCAUUUGUUUGUUCAAUAAAAGAAAUUUUUGAAAUCUCAGAAUAAAUUGACUCCCAUUAUGUAAUUAAUGUGGUUUAUAAAAAUUAUUAUGAAAUAUUUAAGGGCUUAUGUCUUAAUUAUUUUUUGACAUGUCUUUUAAGUAUCACAUUAACAGAAAAUGAUCUAAAGUGAAUGAGCAUUCUUACAUCUAUUCAUUAGCAAAAUUUUUAGCUCUUUUAACAUUGUAUUUAAUUUCUGUACAGGAAAAAUGUAUUGGUUAUUUCAACCAAAUGAUGUUUAUGCAUUAAUGAAUGUGAACUUUUUUUUUCUAGGGAAAAUGUAUGUAUUAAUAAUGCAAUUAUUUAUUAUUUUAAAUAAAUAAUAAUUUUUUUUUAUGCUCCAUUAGGUAAUGUUUCAAGGGCAUUAAAAUAUGGACAUGGAGGUUUUAUGGUCUUUCUGUUUGGGACUUGGUGAGAUUUAAAAUUGUCUUUAAUAUUUUUUAACCCAAUCAAUCAUGCAUAGAUAUAAUGUCCACUCAUAAAGUGUUGAACAUAAAUUAUUCUUUACUGUAUUCAUUCUCUUUUUUUGAAAAAUGUACUAUUUUUUAAAAGUUAAGCUGUAUGCUCUUUCAUGAAAAAAAAAAUAGUUUUUAAAUUUAUUUUCAUAUGCCAUAGAUGCACAUUCAUAAGACAUUUAAAAAAAUAAAAUAUUUCUAGGUAAUAAGUGGGAUGGUUGGCAUUGAGCUGGUCAUGAGAUUUUUAUAAUUCUUUCCAGUUACAUUUAUUCUAGUAAUUAAAAAAAAAAAUUUUUUUAAAGAAAAAACUAAUAAACAGAAGUCAACAUGACUCAAACUAGGUUCACAAGUUUGUCCCUAUUUUGGGACUACUGUGGUUGGCUUAGAUUAUUUUUGUAUAAAUUGUGGAUUUAAGACAAACAUUUUUUCUUAAAUAUGUUAUUGCUUCUACUUGCACAUUAUGUUAUAAAUUAUAGGGUCUGCUUAGAAGCUUUUCAAAACUAAAGACACAUGAAGGAACAUGCUUAUAAUUAUGAGUUUAUGUGGUGAUAGAAAAUAUUCUAAUCAAUGUUCUAAGGAUGUAAAAAUUAUUGAUACUAUCUGGUUAUUAUUUCUUUACAUCAGGGGUGUUUGCAGAUACCACCAUGCUCAAGAGAGAUUCAAAACACGCCAAUGGCAGAAAGCAACAGCAAACGGGACAAACAAAAUACAAUUAAUAGAUCCUAAAGAUGUAUGAAAUUGUACAGAUGUGUUUUUUUUUUUACAUAAGAUAUUUCUUCUUUAGAAUUAAAAAAAAAAUAGAAAUUUGCAAACUUCUUUUAUUGUAUAUAAAUAUUACGUUUUGUAAGCAGCAUUCACUAAAAGAUAUUUUAAAUAAAAAAUUUCAGAAUAUAAUCACCUUAAGUUGGUUAGAUGUCUUCUUAUUAAGCAGAUUAUCUUUCAAGUUAAAGACAUGUUUCUUUAUUUGAAGAAUUUAUUUAUUAAUUGGCUUGAAAAUGAGAUAUUAUAAUUGUAGCGCCAUUGACAUGAUAAUUGGCUGGGUCAUCAUAAAAACUAAAAUUUCACAUCAUAAUCAUAUGAGUUUUUUUGUUUGCCAAAUGGAAAUGUGCAUACAAAAUCCUUACACUAAUGCCCCAGUUGCUUUGUCAAAUAAUACAUUCAUUUUUAAAGCUGUAAAGAAAAAAUCUGGAAACUAAUGGUUAAGGAAUAUUUUAUUUUUUUUUCAAAAUGAAAAUGGUAUCACAUAUGGUUAUCUGUUUCAUUUUGCAUCAUUUACAACAAUUACAACACUAGAAACCAUAAAAACAAUUACAACACUAGUCACUAUAAACUUUAACAAAUGAUCAUCAUUUACAUUUCAAAGACAUAUUUAAUUUUUUUUUUCCUUCAAAUAGUAAUCACGUUAGAAAAAAAGACUAUUGGAAGAAUGAAUGCAUGCAAAAUUAUUAGCAUACCUCUGAAUGUAGAUUUGC